AUGGAUAAUGAAGCAAGAGGAGAACAACAGUUGGAGGACCUUAUAAGACAAUUACCAUCUGUACCGAAAGCAAGCCAUUCUGAGGUUGAUUUGAGAGACGAUCUCACACUGUACAACUUAUUAGAUCAAGCUGAACAUGGGAGGAAGCUUAUGAAUUAUAUUGUCUCCACUACUAGUUCUGAAUCCGAGACUGUAUUUAAAUUAGAAAAACUGCGACAUAGAGAGCACCAGCUGGCGAGGACCUGGUUUGAUGAGGAGAAGAGAGGAACCGUUAAAAUCUCAUCAGCGAUGCUCCAAAUCGAGACUCCAAUAGUGUUUUCAUGGAGCAAUCAAGGUGACAGUGAAACAAGCUCACCAGUAAUUGAGAAACCUGAGUCACCCUCGCAAUUCAGGAAUAUUUCUAAAACCAAAGAAUUAACCACAAAUCAAAAGUUACUAAACUCUGCUUCGUUGGCCGCUAAAGAAAAAAAAGUACCUACCUUUGAGAACUCAAUAAUCGAGGAUAACUACUUCCAUGACAACACUAUAGACAAUCUAGCAACACAAUCUUCUAAUUCAGAGCGUAAUACCAGCAAGGAAUGGAAAAGAAGCUCAUUUAAAGUGGAUCCAUUACAAGAAUUUGUUGCAACAGAACUUCCAAAAUUGAAAAAAAAAUCAGAUGAGGAAGUUAAAGGCAAGAAAGCCAAAAAGAAAGGUCUACUAUGGUUUUGGGGUAGCAGUAAACACAAGGAUAAGGGUAAGCAUUCAAGUAAACAUACUAGAACCAAAGAUGCUAAUUUAGAAACUCACGAUAACAUCGAAAGCAUAGACAAUGAAAACGAAGCGCAUAAUAAUGUCAGCGAAGAAGAUGUUUGGGACUUUGAUAUGAGUCAAGACUUUGGGGAAGGGGACGAAUCUAACGAGGUUAUUGGGUUGGGAAUCCAAGGCGAUAUCAAAUCUAUUAAAAGUGCAGGCACAUCGGUUAAAAAUAAUAUUAAUGAUAUUGAUCUUUUGGGUUACGGUAACAGUAAUGAAGCUGAUGAAGUAAGUAUGCCAUCACAGACCAAGUUAUCAACAUUGGAGAAGCCUCCUGGUAUGGAGGUUUUACAUAUUAAGGAUAACCCUGGAAUGAAGAGUGAACUCAAUAAUAUUGCUGGUGAUGUAGGUAAGGUCCAGGACCACGUAAUAAAAGCAAGUGAUGAUGAUGGUGAUGAUGAUGAUGAUGAUGAUGAUUUUGGUGAUUUCCAACAGGUAGUAGAUGAAAGUGCAUCCAUAGCUACUUCUGGUAAUCUGGCAUCGACACAGUUUCCGAUCAUAUCGUCGUCAAACCACACUGUCACACCAGCGCUUACAUCAUUUGUACCGCUUCAGCCCAAAAAGAAAUAA